UUCCGAUUCUUCGGAGCGGGUGACGGACGGACUGAGCAAAUUUUUAUUGUUUUCGUUUUCGCGAGCCGUCACUGGCAAAAUUACAAUUUAUAAACAAAUAAAGGGACUAUCGUGUUCGUGCUGUGAUUUAUUUUAAACUUUGUUCAUCGUGAAAUAACAGUGAUUAGAUAUGGAGGACAAGUUGAUGUUAGGCGAUGUUAAUAGCACCUUGAGAGAAAGGGUGUUUUUUGCAGCCAGGGACGGGAUGUCCUUAACUCUAUACGCGUUAUUAUACGAAAAAAACACAGACGAAAUAGAUGACCUAUUGAACAGCGAUGUCUGCUGCGACGGCGUCAAAUGCACACCCCUCAUCGCGUCAGCGCGACACGGACGUGAAGGAGCCGUCCGGAUAUUACUAGACAAGUUCCGGCCGCCGGUCCGGUUGGAAACCGAAGGCACUGUGAAGUUCGACGAGUAUGUCAUUGAAGGUGCCACAGCCCUCUGGUGCGCCGCGGGUGCAGGUCACCUCGGCAUAGUGAAGCGGCUCGUCCGCGCCGGCGCGAAUGUCAACCAUGCCACAAAAACGCUCAGUACGCCGCUCCGAGCGGCCUGCUUUGACGGAAGACUCGACAUAGUCAAGUAUCUAGUCAGGCAUGGAGCCGAUAUACAUAAGGCUAACAAGUACAAUAAUACAUGCCUUAUGAUCGCAGCUUAUAAGGGACAUUUGGAUGUGGUCCAAUUCCUUCUAGACAGCGGUGCCAGGGUGGACGAGCGGGCGCUGUGCGGCGCCACGGCGUUACAUUUCGCCGCCGAGUGCGGCCAUGCGGCGGUUGUCUGCGCCCUUAUUGAGCACAACGCUAAAAUAUUGACUAAUGAGAAUGGUAUGACACCACUACAAUGCGCAGCAGAGCGCGCGCGGGCGUCCGUAGUGGAACUGCUGGCGGCGAGGCCGGAGGUCACGAGGCCGCAGGCCAUCGAGGCCUUCGAGCUGCUCGGGGCCUCGUUCGCCAACGACAAAGAGUACUACUGUCUCAGGAUGGCGUACCAAUAUUUACGCAAAGCCAUGGCGAUGCGAUAUGACACGCGGUACGGGUUGCUGCUCAAAAAACCCGCUGACCCAAUACCGGCAUACGACAAUUGGAAAGAGAGCACUACACUAGAGGAAGUGGAACGGUUGCACGGCAACGCGCACGGCCUCCAUAUGGAGGGGCUGGCGGUGCGCGAACGCGUGCUGGGGCGGCGCUGCCCCGACCUGCCGCACCCCAUCGUGUUCCGCGGCGCCGUGUUCGCCGACGAGGCGCGCUUCGACCGCUGCCUCGCUCUGUGGCGACACGCGCUGCUACUGAGGCAGCAUAACUCGGUCUCCGUGGUAAAGGACUUGCUAAGAUUUGCUCAGGUUUUCUCACAGAUGAUCCAUAUUGGAAUUGAAUUACCAUUAGAUAAGGUGUGCUACGUCCUAGAAGCGUGCGCGGAAGAACUAAGGCGGGGCACCAAAAGGCUUGAGACACACCAACCGAACCACGAUCCGGAAUCCUUGAUAAACUUGUGUCGCGCGCACGUGUUGCAGGAGGAGUAUGAGAGCAACGUGCGGACCGCACUGUACCUGGUCGCCGUCGCUGCUAGACUGUUAGAAAAUGAUGAUAAUAAUGAGGAAACCACAAGCGCAGUAAGAAGAGCAAUCUUCAGGCUACGCGACGCGAGGCUACGGUCCGGACAGACCCUCCUACACCUGGCCGCGGACAGGCGGACGCCGGUCGACGACUUCCAUACCAGCGAUGUGUGCCAGUUCCCUUGUCCGCGAACAACUCGGUUGUUGCUGGAUUGCGGAGUAGAAAUGGACGCGGCGGAUGAUGCGCGACGCACUGCGCUGCAUGUAGCGCUCAUCUCCUACCAGCUCAUACCAGACACGAGAGCACAGUGGGCAGCGUCGCUGCGCAGCGUGGUGUUCGAGUUGCUGGCGCGCGGCGCGCACGCGGACGCCGUCGACUGCGACGGCAUCACACCGCUCGUCGCCGCCAUCGGUGGUCCGGCCGAGACCGUGGUCCGCGCCGCGCUCUCCCCGCGCCUCUCCUGCCUCGCCGCCGCCACGCUCGCGCUGCACCAGCGCCGCUACCCCCCCUCGCAGACCCCCCGGGUCCUCCACUCCUUCCUAGAGAUGCACGGCGUCAAACCAGCCAAGGAGUGUUGAGAACACCACCUGACACAUCAUUAGUGCUUGUCCCCUUUCUGGAGAAC